AUGGGAUUUCCCAGUAAAGAGACCGUGAUGCAGAGUAUUGAAGACUAUUUCCGACACAUUCACCCUAUCUCAUACUUUGCCUUUUUGCACAAAGCAUCAGUGAUCCAAGGUUAUGUCAAAGGUUACGCUGAUGAUGCAUUCAUUCUCGCGCUCUGUGGUCUCACAAGUCAGAUGUUGGGUUCAACACCAGAAGUUCAGCAGCAAGCCGCCAAAUGGAUUGAGAGAGCUCAAAAUAUGGUCCUGCAAAAUCUGGAAAGACCUUCCAUCUUCAAGAUCCAGGUAAUGCUGUUGAUUAUUGGGUACAAAGUUCAUCUGCACGCUAUGUCGUCCGCGUUUAUGCUGCUGCCACUGGCCGCAAGGUUUGCUUUCGCAAUGAGACUCAAUUAUGAGAACCCAUCGUUGUGUUGGUUAGCUCAGGAAGCAAGAAGGCGAGUGAUCUGGGCAAUAUUUCUUCUCGACACAAAAGCAGCAGCAGGCCUCACAGAAUUUACUACCUGCGCGUUGGAAACCAUCCACGUACAAUUGCCAUGCCGAGAAGAAGACUUCGAGCUGGACAAUCCGCAAGUUACGGGCAACCUAGAAUCGAUUUCCUUACAGCCUCCACCAUACAUUGGCCUCUUUACCCAGUACAUUCGUAUCAUGAAUAUUCGAGAUCGUAUACUUCGGUUCACCAAACAAGUUGCAGGAACUGGCAAGAUUGAGUCCAAUCCAGAGCAAGCCGUCAGCAACUUUGAGAGCGAACUCCAUUUGUUUGCAAGCACGCUUCCCCAGUCGUUGGGCUUCUCGACAAGAAACCUGAUGCUACGUGCUUAUUCCUCAGAAUUAUCUCAAUUCAUCAUGAUCCACGUCUGGUGGCACCAAUGUCACUGCGAUCUCUACAGGCUGCUCUUUGAUGGUUUGCAAGAGGCUGUGUCAAAGCGAGUGCUGCGGGAAAUUGACCCUGAGCUGAUAUCUUAUUGUAGGGCCAGGUGUCUUGACCAUGCUCGAGCUCUGUCAGCAGAAAUAUUUGCGACUUUGCUUGUCGCCGAUAUAAAUAUCAAAGUCAUGGAUAAGGACAUAGCUGUUUGCGCUUAUCAGAGUGCCAGGAUAAUAUCCCAUGGCUUUCGAACAACUGCUGAGCGGGACCAUCCACUUAUUGAGUCAGUACUGACACUGGUCAGUAACUGUUCUGCGGUCUUGAACAGGUUCUGUGCAAAUUCGCCUUCGGCGCUAGACAUUGCACGAGAAAUCGACAGCACACUUGCGGGUCGGAUCUCAAGCCAUUCAUCUGCGAGUGAACCAAGUUCUCCAGCUGGUUCCGUAAAUAUGUCUUCCGAGUUACCGAACAUACCAGCCGCGCCUCGACUGAGACAAGUCUUUUCACGCCACAGCUAUUUCAGAGCGUCGGGCUUUAUUGAUGACAGCUCGAGGUUGGUAGCACCACUCGACAGUAUGAGUACCGAUCAACGAGAUGCCUUGCCUACGUUCAGUCCCAGUCCCAGAGUCGUGCGAGAGGACCACGCCGAUAACCCAAAUACCUCCAAGGACAGCACUGGAAAUGGAUCGGAUACGGGGACUGCACAUCACAAUUCAGUCUUGAUAAAUACCCGAAUCCCCUCCCGCACCUUGGUUGCGCCAUUACCAGGCCAUUCAAAUCAUGGGUUCAGAGGCCAGCGUGAGGAUAUGACUGAGGUUGACUGGUCCAACGACGGCGCAUACCAAAUGGCAUGGUCCUCGUUUGACCCUUGGAUAAGUGGAUCUUAUGACCAAGAUAACUCUCACGUGCAAGAUUUCAUGGCAGCGACAUGGGAGCAAUAG